AAAGUGCUCAGCGGCAGCCCCUUGGGGGAAUGGUUCACAACCACCCCAUCUGGAACAACCCCCCCAUCUGCAACAACCACCACUCCUCCAUCUACCACAACAACGAGUCCAGGGGGCAUCUGUGGUUCAAAACCAUGUGGAAAUAAUGUGGCUAAAUGUAUUGCUCUAAAUAGCAAUUUCACUUGCCUGUGCCCAUAUGGAUUCUACUAUAAAAACAUGGAUUGUCACAAAGGGCUAAUAUUCCCAGGGCUCAUUACACUGAAUCAGACCUACAAUUCUAGCAUUGAACUGGUAAAUUCCACGGUGUUUGAACAGGUCUUCCUCCUCGUAACAGCAUUUUUUAAGGAAGCUUUCAGAAAGGAGGGAAGCUUCAAACAGACCGUAAUCGUGGAAAUUCAACGAUUACAACAAAGCAGAUCAACGAAUAUUCCAGUAAACAUAAUAGUGAUGAACCUCUUUUCGGAGGACUCAAAUGUAACAAAUGAAACAGUUACUUCACUAAUAAAUGAAACAGCAAAAGGUUCAGACUACAUCAUUGCAUACAGAGCUACAACCUAUUGUGCUGUUUUUCAAUGCGAUCUCAAAACCACAUACUGUGUGGAAGAUAACUAUCCAGAAUGCAUAUGCAAAAGUGGUUUCUCAAAGACGGCUUGGGAUGUCCGUUCUUGUUCAGAUUGCAGUAGUGACUGUUCUGUAAACAACAACAAGUACUGUGCAAAAGAAAGCACGAUUCCAACAUGCAAGUGUUUGCCCAAUUUUGAAUCAAAGGAUGAUACAUGUGUGCCUUGUGCAGUGGGCUACUCUGGAGAGAACUGUACAAACAAUAGUGAACUCAUUCUUAUAAUAGUGGGUACAGUGUUUGGAGCCAUUAUCUUGAGUUUUGCGAUAGCAAUCACUAUCAUUUCAACAAGAUCCAAACACAAAAAAGAUCCAGAGAUGAAGAGUCUGAUACCUUCAAAAGGCUCUGACAAAACACAGACCAGAAUGUUCCCCAGAGUCCAGACUACUUCUGGCCAUGAGAACCCAGGAUAUCAAUCAAAAAACCCUUAUGAGAUGGAGCACUCGCCCAGGAGUAACGCUUUGGAGAGGGCUUACGAUGACGAGUAUGAAAUUGCACAGGAGCCUAAUGGCUUUAGGAUGCAGCGCAGAUACUAAGUGACGAGAGCUGUAGAGGGAUGGACGACCACUGCAACAACAGAUCGGACCAAAGGGUUUCACAGCCUCUCACUAAUGCGGUUACUUCAGCAGCAGAGACAACCAAGUCCGUAACACCACAGUCUCUGGAGAUUUUUGAAAUGAAGACCACUUCUUGAAGGUGAUAAUGGACAAUAACUCCCUGAAAUAAGUGAAAACAAAAAUGAAGCAGAGGAGAAGGGGAUUCUAAAAAAAACUAAUGUGCCUCUGUAAACGUUAGACUUCCUUCAGGAGGCCUAGUCAUUGGUGAGAGAGUGGGUGCAGGCAGGAUACCAGGAUUUUAACCCUGUUGUUUUUCAGUUCUUCCCAAAGAAGGUCCAGGCAAAAUAUGAUGCCAAUAUAUGCCAAUGUAUGAUGCCAAUAUAUGAUGCCCCAGAGCUUUGUCUAUACUCCAUGUCAGCCACAGGUAACCUGCACAGCUUUGAGCCAUUAGGACACUGCCAAAAAAGCCCACAAGAUCAAAUUUGAUCUUUAUGAGAACCUAACCUCCUUCUCUUUACUGUAUCAAUUACCAUGUUUUUCCCCUCGUCAACCCCCUGAUAUUUCCUAUCCAAAAGCAUUCAGUUCAGAUCUUUGCUGGCAUUUGUUGUCUGAGGCAAAGGUUCUGUCUGACCUUGUGUAAAACCUUCCUGCCCAAUACGAUGACAAGGAACAAUAUUUGCAAACACUAUUCUUCUCCAUCUUGCAUGACUAGAUUGCUUUUACAUUCUCAGAUGCUGUGAAAAGCAUUAAUUUUUUUUUCUUUUGCCCUCUUUAAGUUGUGAUGGGGUCAUCUCAGCUCUUUUUAUUCAUCAUUUAUUAUAUACACUCAAUUCUUCUGGAAAAGGAUCCAUAUUUCAUUGUAUAAUUGAGUGCACUUUUACAUUACUGACUAGCAUUAGCAUUUCUUGUAUAUAUAAUAUAUAUAUAUGCCCACAUAUGUACAUAUAUUUAUAGGUUAAGUUCAGAAAUAUUAUUAAACCUUAAUAAAACUAAAAUGCUUACUGUUGUAGGGCUGGCACCCAUUUUCUGUGAUAAUUUUCAGUGGGAACCGGGUGGUUAAUGCAGUACGGUCGCCUUUGAAAAUGCUGGCCAAGCCACUCUCUGUGAUGCCAGCUUUGUGCAUAUCAGUCUGUUCAUGUCACACAGCUGAAAAACAAAUAAACAAAUGCCUUUUAGCUUAACUGCUAAUAGCUUAAAUGACAAAAGUUUGGGGGUCUAUGGCAGAGAUGACUGCAUUUGGUUGUAAAGGUUACCAAGGUGGUUAUGUAAACAUCAUCUUCCAGUGCUCUCAGUGAUCGAAAAUAGCUCCCAUCUGCUAUGCAGAUAUGAGGAUAAAAAUGAGGAAUGAUUUAUGAGGAUAAAAAUGAGGGACUAAACAGUCCUGAUCUUUCUCAUGUGGCAUCUCUAGUAAAAGAGAGAGCCACUGCUUUCUGAGACCUGUCAGCACUGAGUCGUAUUUUAGAAGUAGACUGGUAAGAGAAGGUUUCUCUCUGUUGUAUUUCUGGUUUUUUCAAUGUUAACUGGCAGAAUUUAUUUCUUCCUGUUUACUUCUGUCACCUUCACUGCUGUCACCUGGCUGAACAGCGCCUGCUGUUUGUAGAUGUCCGCAGGAGGCCAGGUUCUGGUGGCCUUGGCCACCCUGAGCCAGCUAGGUGCAUUUCAACAUGUACAAUGUGACAUUUACUCCAUGCAAGUAGGGCUAGCAGGAUUUAGCCACUUAGGAUAGAUUAUUCAAAGAAUGGUACAGAUUUGGUCAUAUUUUGUUGACUUUUCCUCUGACUGUACAGUGUUGGGGUAGGACUGUGCCUUUGAAGCACACAGGUAUCUUUGGGUCUUUUCUUCUGUUUUUCACGAUCAGGAAAAGGGUUCUGUUGCCGGUGCUCAGAGCACUCUGGGGAGUUUGCAAGGGUGUGAGGGAUUAAAAAACCGAUGGGAUAUAGAGACGACAAAGGGCAAAAAGCCCUUAAGCUCAUAUAGACUUUUACUUUGUUCAGUCAACUUCUCGUUCCUUUUUAAGGCAGCCCAAAACUUGUGGU